CUUCCUUUCCCCCCAAUGGAGGUUUCCAAGCAUUCAAAACAGGGGACUCCAGUAAAAGACCCAGGAGCGAGUGGGUCUUCUCGAUCCAAAACUCCAAAGAUUUCAAAACUCUACGAGAAUUCGAAUCCAAACACCUCUGUUUCGAUUUCUCCGUUAACAAGAUCUUCAAAAUCCCAGAAAGAUUCUUCCAAGAAUCCAGUAGUUUAUUCACCGAAAACCAAACUCGGGGAAAGGAAGUUUGUGGUGGCCAAGAAGAAGUUGAAGAAAGAAAGGUUUGAUCCAAAUCCAAAUGUCGAAAUCGAUUGCAAAUGUAAAAAGAAGUAUGCUGGGAGUUUGAAGAAAUGUCUCUGUGUUGCUUAUGAGAAUUUGAGGGAAUCUCAAGAGGAUUUCUUCAAGAACAAAUCUGUAACCGAAGUUGAAGAAGAGGCCGAAGACAAAGCCGAUCUUAUUGAUACUCAAAAAGCAAAGAAUGGUCUGCCUCAAUCAGGUAAAGUUAUGGAUUUGGUAAAGGCCUUUGAGAGGCUUCUUUGUUCACCCAAUUCAAAGGAAUCGGAAGAUGGAGCCGAUGAAAAGGAACCAAAAGAAGAGAAGAAUGAUAAUAACAAGAAGCCAUUGAAAUGGGCAUUAUCAAAUUUUGUUUUGACAGCUGAGAAUCUUGGCUUUGAUCGGCGUUUCUCAUCGUCUUCUUCAUCGGAUGGAAGUCAAGGAAGUUUUCCAAGCAGGUCUUCUAAUGGAGGUCGAAGAAACCAAAGAAAUAGCUCUGUGUCUCAUGGGACAAUUGGUGGGAGGAGAUGGAAGAAACUGGUGAAGCCAACUUCCCAGAAACCAUUCAAGCUAAGAACUGAGCAACGAGGGAAACUGAAGGAAGAAGAAUUCAUGAAGAAGAUCCAUGAAAUGAUGGUUGAAGAAGAGAAACAAAGGAUCCCUAUUGCUCAAGGCCUCCCAUGUACAACAGAGGAGCCUGAGGUGUUGAUCAAACCUCAUGUUAAAGAGAUUACAAGGCCGAUAGACCCAAGACUGUCCUCCGACAUUAGAGCGUCAGAGCGUUCAGAGUUCGAUAAUCAAGUAGCCGAGAAGAUGAGUCUAAUUGAACAGUAUAAAAUGGAAAGGGCUAGGCAGGAUAAGAUGGCAGAAGAAGAAGAGAUAAAGAGGUUGAGGAAGGAGCUUGUUCCAAAAGCACAGCCUUUGCCUUUCUUCGACAAGCCUUUCCUUCCCAGAAGGUCCUCAAAGAAUCCAACUAUUUCAAGGGAGCCAAAUUUCCAUAUGCCACAACAUAAGAGGACAAAGUGCUGAAUUCCAGACUCUAUGAUACAGAGAAUCAGAGAAUAAUCUUUU